AGCCAGCGACCGAAAAAAUUACAUUGUUGUGCGCAUGCCCAGUAGCCGCAGCUGUUAUCUCUUCUAACCGCAACCGAAUCGUUUUGUGUCAUGUAAUAAGAGUCUCCAGAAGAGCACAUGAGCUGCAGACUGUAAUAUGGUGACAGUUCCCAGCAGCUGCCCUACUGUACCGCUGUCCAAUGGACGCAACAUUCCCAUUCUGGGUUUAGGAACAUCUCAUGUUGGAGGUUACAGUCAUGAAGCAGUGCUCUGUGCUCUGCAGGAGUGCGGCAUGAGGCAUAUAGACACAGCCAAGCGUUAUGGUUGUGAAGAGGCUUUGGGGAAAGCUGUGGUUGAUAGUGGAGUACCACGAGAGGAGCUCUGGCUCACCACCAAACUAUGGCCUGGAGAUUACGGCUACCAGAGCACCAAACAAGCCUGCCGGGACUCGUGUGCCAGGCUGGGGGUUGAUUAUUUAGACCUGUAUCUGAUGCACUGGCCGGACUGCAUGGUUCCAGGCGUCUCCAGUCGUGAGGUUCGAGCAGAGACCUGGAGAGCUCUGGAGGAGCUUUAUGAUGAAGGUUUGUGUCGUGCCAUUGGAGUGAGUAACUUUCUCAUACACCACUUAGACGAGUUAAAGGAUCGUGGUGGAAUUGUGCCCCAUGUUAACCAGGUGGAGUUUCAUCCCUUCCAGCAGCCACUGGAGCUGGUUGAAUAUUGCCGGAAGGAGAGUAUCAUUUUUGAAGGCUACUGUCCUUUGGCCAAAGGUCAAGCUCUCACUCAUCCAUCAAUCAUGGAGCUCGCCCAGAAAUACGGCCACAGUGCGUCACAAAUAUGCAUCCGCUGGAGUAUCCAGAACGGAGUUGUCACAAUUCCAAAGUCCACCAAACCAGAAAGGGUCCAUGAAAACUGCCAAGUGUUUGGGUUCAGCUUGGAUGAUUCAGACAUGGCAGUGCUGAGUUUGCUGCAUGAUGGGAGACAUGUGAGCUGGGACCCAACUCAUGUGGAAUGACCAAAUCUCCAAGAAAACCACCUGUUCAGGUUUUUGGAUUCAAACUAACAGCAGAAGACAUGGACCGAAUUAGUGAUUUACACACCAAUCAGAAGCUGAUUCAUCUCACUUAUCCAAUCUGGAAAGGAUAACCUAGCAAUUAAAAUCAAAGAGGUUUGUUUUUAGAAUAGUGACAGGUCCUGAACUCACUGUGAAAGGAAAGCUUAAGAAAAUGACGAAAUCAGUAAUAUCACACGUGUGCCUUUUGAAAACUGGUAUUCAGUGGUGUUGAGAGACUAAUAUUUGUUAUGGUCUUAAUAUUAAGGGUAAUAAUUAGUAGGGAGAGCACAGGGGGAGAAAUGUUGUGUACAAACUAACUGCUAGUUACACUUCUUAUCCUCAAACAUCAGAUAUGACAGACAAGCUUAACAGUGACAGAGCCACAUGUAAACACAAUCAAGUUGAUAUUGAAUGGAUCUUAUAUUAACAGUUAUGACAUUUCCCCUAUUAACUGUCUUCUAUUAUGCUGAAAUGUCAAAUUGUUGGUUAAAGCAGAAGUGCUGUUCUUUAGCAAUGUUUAUAUUUUGCUCUCGUGUAAUGCUCUCUGUUUUGAGUUUCUCAGAAACUGCACUGGAGGAACUGAAAUAAAUGGCAAGAAUUGAAGCCAGCACACAUCUUUA